AAUUCCGCGCACGAUCUCGCCCAUAACCUUGACGAUGUCCGACGCCGAAACGUCGACAGCGCCUCGGCGCUCACAACGCGAACGAAAGCAAGCAACACACUUUAUCUCUAUCGACAGCACUCAGCUUAGCCAGAAGAGAAAGCGUUCCGUCGUUGACUCUGAUAGUGAACGCGGCGAGGAAGGUACACCAGAACCUGAAGACGAAGAUGCAGAUGUCGAAGAAGACUACACUGCUCCAAAGUCGAGCCAACCGAAGAAAAAGGUCGCUGAGAAAGCUCCUGCUGCUGCCGCGGACGCGAAGCCUGCGCCAAAGAAACGGGGUCGUCCCCCAGGAACGGGAAAGCCUCGCGCGUUAAAAACGACUGCGACGGCUACCACCAAGACUAGGAGAGGCCGCCCCCGCAAGGGUGCUGCUGAGUUCGAUGCUGAGCAGGUGGCAAAGGAGACCAACAUUUCCAACGAUAACCCCCUUUUCAAUGCUGUUAUGAACCCUGGCGCUGCGCUGCAGUCGGCAGCCGAAGACUUCCUCGAGUCCAUGUCGCAUACACCCGACGCGUCCCAAGCCGAGCUCGUCAACUGCAUUCUACGCGCCUGCGGCUGCAACCAUACGUACAGCGCGGAACAAGUUCUAGACUACGAUGGUGUUGUCAGUGCCCUCGAUGACCUUACUGAAGAAUUGAAGCAGGAGGAUGAGCACGUGUAUCCGCUCACGUCGAAACUGCCCGCAUUCAAGCCCUUCCGCUCGAGUAUUGCCGAACUCAUCUCUCGGCUCAUAACUUCUGCAGCCGCACUCGGUCAUCUGUACAAUACCGACCUCAUUCCGACCCUCACGACCUGGGUCAACCCGAUGAGCAGUAGUCACAUGCGCAGCUUCCGGCAUACAGCAACCGUUAUCGCUCUCGACGUGGCAACCGCCUUGUCACAGGUUGCCGCGACUGUUGAAAAGGAAGCUGAAGUAGUCAGCAGGCAGAAAGAGGGUGAACGUAAGCGCAAGAAGGGCAAGGGCGAGCCGGCGACGGCGCGAGAGAAGGAGCUAGAGAGCAAGGCCCGUGAGAUCAGGACGCGACGAGAGAAGCUGGGGGAAUUCAUUAAAGAGUUUGUCUAUGGCGUGUUUGUACAUCGAUACCGCGAUCUCGAUCCAAACAUCCGCACAGAAUGUGUACGCGCGAUGGGCCUCUGGUUCUCCAAGCAUCCCGCGCACUUCAUCGACGGCGAAUACCUGCGCUACGUUGGCUGGGUGCUCUCCGAUGCGAACACGCACGUCCGCCUGGAAGCUGUUCGAGCUCUUGCUUCGGCGUACGCGCAGACGGAAUACAUCGGUGUCAGCGCUCUUCAGCACUUCACUGAACGGUUCAAGCCACGACUCGUCGAAAUGGCGAUGAGUGACACGGAGCUGAGCGUCCGCGUCGCAGUCGUGCAGAUCCUACAGGCCAUCGACGAGCAUGGCUUGCUUGAGGACGAGCAACGCGAGAAGCUCUGCCUCCUGGUCUUUGACGAGGAGAAUAAGAUGCGUAGGGCCGUUGGCCGGUUCGUUAAGGGCGUAUGGAAUGAGAGUGUCGAGGAACGCUUGGUCGGCCGCAAGCCGACCGCGACGGAGAAGAAACGGGCGGGCGUCAAGGCCUUUGCCAUGCUGCUGGUGCAGUGGGGUAGAGCUCUCGACAAAGGCAGGGGCAUCCGCGACGAAGAGGAUGAAGAAGAUGGCGACCAGUCUGAGGGCUCGUCGAGGCAGGCGCGUCGCAAGGAGGUCGCGACCCUCAUUGGCGCAGAACAGAAGUCCCGGACAGCCUUGGCCGUCGAGGCACUCUGGGACGACGUUGAACCCGUCAGCGAUUGGGAAACGCUGCUCGAUAUACUGCUUUUGGAUCAUUCGGCAGAAAUCACAGCGAAUAGCAAGUCAAGAAAGGGCAAAAAGGUCUCCGAUGACAGUGGCGUCGACGAGGUUUGGAGGCUAGAGGAGAUAGAGGAAGGAGUCUUGCUCGAGGUUCUACUUGCAUCUCUGAGGAAGACCCAAGCAGAGGCUGCUGGCGGCAAAAAGGGAGAGGGAGAGACCGUCUCUUCCGAUAUCACCCGUGCUCUGAUCAAAGGGCUUCCCAGACUGUUUGUGAAAUACCAGACAGACGCAGGUCGGAUGUCCGACGUUCUCUUACUGCCGCAGUUGCUGAACCUGGAUAUGUAUCUUGAGAUGCGCAUGAUCACGGCCUACUCGAGCCUUUGGGACGACGUUAUCAAGCUGUUCCUUUCUCAUUCUGCUCCGAUCGUGUUGACCAGCGCUGUCGCUACCAUUCGAUAUAUGAUGAACGCGACGAGCCUGUCUAACACGAACAGCACGAAGAUUCUUGAACUUGAGGAAGAGCUGUCAACUACUCUACGCGACACAAUUAAGGGUCGCGACGAGCUUGAACUCGCGUCGUUCAGUGAAGACGAAGUCAUCUCGCUUGCUGCGAUUUGCUCCCGCUUGGCAACGUUGGCGGGGACGCGGGAUAUGACAGCAUGGAUGGAGGAGGAUGAGGGCGGUAAGCAAAGCAGUGCUUGGGAUAUUGUUAACGCCUUGGCCGAACGCGGGAGACUGGGUUACAAAGAGGAAGAAUCGAUGGUAGACCAAGCACUGAGCUUGCUGACGUUAUACAUAAUCUGGAAGGCAAGAGGCUUAUCAAAUACCAGUGAGCCAUCUCCUGAAGAAGCACGCUUGAGGGAACGUCUGAAGGAGUGUAGAGAUGCACUCCUCGAAAAGUUGCUCGAGUUCGCUAUCGGCACACAGUCAAAUACUUCGGAUGGUGUUAAACGGGCAGCUUUCCAAAACCUUAUGAACCUGCAUAUUUUGUUUGCGCCAGUACAGGCUGCGGAUGAUGCCCCAGUACCAUCAACAGCGGUAAUGCCGUUGACCCUCGACGAGGAGACCCAGUAUCGCUGUGCUGGAUUCAUCCAGGCCGAGAUCGAGCGUUACGCCGAAGAUAUCGAAGAACUGUCGCCUCCGCCUUCGGAAGGCAGCGAUGAUGAGGGCGAGAAGUCUGGCGAAGAAGAACCGGCGAUCAGCAAGGGCAAGAAGGGCAAGAAGGGCUUGCCGAACGGGUCGACUCGUAAGUUCACGCGGCUCAAAGUUGUGUCGAGAUACUCAAUUCGAACGGCAGCAUCCGAGACGCGAUCGUCGCUCGAGCGCGAGUACGUCUUCAUGGGCGUCAUAACAACCUUUCUGCGUGCCGUCAGGGCAGGCGUGAUACACUUCCAGCACUCUGCUACCUUACUCGCACACUAUGGAAGGCUCGGGCCAUCGUUUGACCUUUGCGCCAAGGUGAUCCUCGACAUACUCCGGGAAGAAGGGCUGUACAAGAACGGCGGCAGCGACGUUGUUGCUAUCAUCAGCCACGCUCUUCGCGACGCCUUCCAACUUUACAUGGAAGGAGUCGUCCGUACCGAAGAGCAUGCUGUAGCCCUCGCCAAGCUGCUCGCCGGCGCGUUCUUGAUCCGUGGCGCUCAGCUAACUGUCGUGCGCCGCAUUGAGAGCCAACACGUCGUCAAUCUACACACGUCCUCCAUUUCAUGGAUCUGGAAGCGCAUCGCGCAGCACGAUACUGGCAACAAGAAGACUCGGAAUAAGAGCAUCGUCUUCUUCAAGCUGCUAGUUCCUCUACUGACGACAAUUGACUCUCGGGACUCCUUGGCCAUCAAAGCGCACCUUGACCAGAUUGUCGCUCAAGCAAAGAUCGAGAUACCUGCCACCUCGAAAGUCUGGGAUCCCUAUCGCGCCUACGAAAAGAAGCUAACAGCUUCCAAAGAAAAGGGCGCCAAGAGCGGAAAAGCGGCGAAAAAAGGCGCUAAAGCGUCUGAGAUGACCACGACAGACGAGGAAGUCGAGGAGGUGGAAGAGCCCGCGGACACAGGCGACGACGCUCCCGCAGCAGCAGCCCGCGGCAAGCCAAGACCGAAACCGCGCGGACGGCGCCGCCAGGCGUCUGCGCCCGCCUCUGACCGCGAAGACGAAGAGAACGCCGCGGAGCAGCCCGUGACGCCGAAGGCGAAACCGCGUCCGCGGCCGGUGCGCAAGGUCGCGGCGGCGAAGGCGGAGGCGACUCCGCAGCAGCAGCAGCAGCAGCAGGCCUCGAGCCGCUCGCCCUCACCGAUGGCGUCUCCACAGAUGCCGUCGCCGUCGCCGAGCACGCCCAAGUCAGCGGCGCUGUCGGAGCCGUCGACGACGCCUGAGCCGCACGAGCCCGAGGAGGAAGAGGAGGAAGAGGAGGACCGGGAGGCGACACCGACUGCGCGGCGCAAGCGUGCGCGUUCGGAGGAGGAGGAGGAGGAGGAGGCGGAAGCGGAGGAGGCCGAGGGCUCGUCUGAGGGCCCGAGUGCGUCGCAGGAGACGCAAACGGGCGCGAUGCAGGUGAAGAGGAAGCGGGUCCGCCAUUGAUCGAUGCCAUCUUUCCCUCGCCGGGAGCCCCUCUCUCUGUGCUACAAUCUUGUUCGCUGCCAAUGUGCAUCUUUCAUCUUGUUCUGCUUAUAUGUUGUGCAAGAUACGUUAUGUUAUAAGCUAUCCCGCAAUGCCACUCGGCUGGAGACGGAAACAUGUCGCCGGCAUGUAGAACGAGAAGGGGCCAACGAUGCGGCGCGCGCAAUAUGCAAUGAAGAAAUCCGGGUGGAUGUAUAUGUAUGAUACAACCGUACAAGUCUAGGUACACAUGAAGAGAUAGAGGGAGGAAGAAAUCAGGCCACAUCCAGUCGAGCUUUUAACCUCGUAAUUGUCGAAUAAGGAGGAUGAUGGUACAGUGCCAAUGGUGAAGGGAAGCGGAGAGGCCAGGUUUCCGACAAAGCGACUGCGAGGAUGAAUGGAAAGCAAAUUCCGACACGAGAGAGAGAAGAUUGAGAGUGCACCGGAGGUGUUGAGAGAACCGGAGAGAGAGAGAGAAUAUCCAACGGGGUGACACGUGUGGGGCGACCGAAAACAAAUCGUCAAACGAAGAAAGGCUUGGCACGAUGCGAUGGUUUGGAUAUCAGGUGGGCGGGCGCGAGUGCGAAUGUGGGUGUGUGGAUCGCAAUCGAUGUUAGGUGUGGUAAGUCAUGAACGCCGAUAUGAAAGCUUUAAGGAGUGGGCGGGGGUAAAGGAACGGAUGAUAUGUAAAGAGCGUGUGGCGCGUCGGGCGCGGAGAUGCAGAAAGAAAAGAAAAAGAAAGAUGCCAAGAAAUUCGGAAGAAAAAAAAAUAGGCGAGCCACGGCAGCUCAGUGGUGCUCCCCGCCAAACGCGCGGAGCUUCCGCAGGACGUCGUCCAUGUCCGCCUCCUCGGCGGUGCGCGAGCGAUCGAGCACUUGCCCGAUCGAGGGUGACAUGCCGAGCUUGAGGUUGCUCGCGUACGUGUGCGCGGCCUGCAUGAGCGACGACGCGCUCAUGCGCUUGAGCGCGCGCGACGUGCGACGGUCGCGCUUCUCGGACCCGUCGUCGCCGUCGUCGCCGGCGCCGUCUCCCUGUUGCGGCGCGCCGGCGACCUCGGGGAUCGCGGAAAGCGUGCUCGACUGCGAGGACGCGCUCGCAGAGGCAGUCAGCGACGGCACAGAGGCGCUGGACAUGACGUCCGUCAUGGACAUGUCGGACGAGCAGGAGCCGGGCAUGGCGGGGAUGUCGAAGCCGAGACCGCCCGGCGGCGGGAGCACGGGCGAGCUCGUCCGCUUCGCGUGCCUCGCCGCGUGCGGCUCGCGGUCGGGCACCGUGUUCGAGCGGCGCAGGCUCGCGAGGGAGUUCGGCGACCCGGACCGCUCGCCCUCCGCGGGCUCGAUGCGCGGCGUGUAGGCCUGGCUCGGCGCGAUCAGGUCGCUCACUUGCUCCUGCACCUCGAGCACGCCGUCUUCGGUGCUCUCGCGCGGUGAGUCCGCGCCAGUGACGGAGCCGUCCGCGCGGUGGCACAGGCCGGUGCUCGUUCGCGACCGUGAGGUCGAGGUGGCGACACUGGCCUCGGAGCACUCCGAGCCCGACCGGAAGCGGCCGAUCUUCAGCUGCUCGUCCAGGGUCAGCAUGCUCGUGGACGCCUCGCCGCCGCCCUGGGAGUUCGCGUUCAAGACGAGCCACCGCAGCCCCUUGAUCUCCCUGUCCCGCUUGCGUGCCUCCCGCUCGAGCCGGUCGAUGCGCCUGAGGAGCUCGGCCUUCUCGGCGGCAUGUUUCUCCUGCAGGACGCGGACAUACGCGUCAUGCGCGCCGCGGAAUGACUGGCUCUGCGCGUCGUCCCGUGUGGGCGUGGGCGUUGACGUUUUCUGCGAGCCGUCUGAGCCCUCGGACGGCGGGCGGGACGGCACCAGCAGGGAUCCGCCCUCGGCGUCCGUCGGGGUCUGCGUACCUGAUCGCGAUUGAUCGAGGCGGACGGCCGAUAGGUUCGGACGCAUGUAGCGCAUGCGGGCACGGUCCGAAUCCUCGCCGCCGCUCGAGAGUCCGCUGGAGACGAUCGACGCCGGCUUGCUGAUCGAGCCGACGAUCGUGUGCGCCCGGAUGCGGGACGCGCUCUGAAUGCUUUUCCGGCUCGCGAGCGACCCGAUGCGCGUGCUCGUGUCGGUGCUCCAUCCGCCAAGCCGUGUGCUUGCGUCAGUGCUCCAGCCUUCGGCAUCCGAGCUGUGCGGAAAGGUCGCGCUUGUUGGUGGAGACGGCAGCGGCGCCACCGGUGGAGGGCUUGCAGGGGAUGACGACCGUGUCGAUCGGAUGGAGCGCAGUCGUGAAGGAGAAAUUGAUGGUUUUCCCGCGCCGCUAGGGCUUGAAGGCGAUGAUGGGACCUUUACCGUUUGCGAUGAGUUCGAUCGGGGUCUGUUCGCAGCUGGAGGCAAUAUCAGAGACGCUGGUCGCCCCGGCCGUGCGGGCGCGGAGCGGGUGCUGGCAUGUGUAAGUUCGCCCUCGGAGGCGUCACUCGUGGUUGCACUCCGAUACGACUUAGCAACCGGUGUUUUAGCUGGUCGCUCAAACAGCUCUGCGAGAGCUGAUGCGGGUUUCUCGGUCGUUCGCGACAAUGCAACCUUCGUCGACGGUGGAAUAGGAAAUUCCAUCUUCGCAGGCAGCAUAGGGCUUAGCGUAGGCGUCGGACUCGGGCUGCCCUUCGACGGACUCGCAGGCUCGUGCGCUUUGCCUUUCGCCGGAGUUGCCGAAUUCCUGCGCUCUAGCUUGGAAGACUGGUCUUUCUUGGGUGAGUGUCCAAAGCCGAACCUAGAGACGCGAGAUUUGCUUGCUGAGGGUGGUACGGGUGCGGUGCGAGGGGCGUUAUAACUGUUGGCGUCAUCCCCAGCCUCGUAAGGGGCAGACACCGUAAUGACUGGCUUAGCUUUCGCUUUGCCAUCCCCACCAUUUAGCAUCUCCAUGUUAGUUGCGGUGGCCUUGUGGGUGAAGUCAAAGGGCCUUGAAACUUCAAAAGAGACCGAUUUCUGUGGCCGAAGUAUCCGUAAUGGACCGCCCUUCGAAGACGAUGCCGUGGGCUUCUCUGAAUCCGUUGACGAUGGUUUGAGAAAGGAGUGCGAAAGCGUGGCCUCGUACGCAGCCGUCGAGGAUCGGGCCGUAAUAGGAGGCGAGGGAGACGGUGAAAAAGGCGCGCCAAACGACGGAGGGGAUACAUUCAGCGGCGGGAGCGAAGACGGCAGCGAAGACGGCGGCGAGGAACCCGAAGGUGCGGGAAUGCGGCUGGUGAACGGAGUC